UGUUUGUUUUGUUUCGUUUCUCCAGUAAAAGGUGCGAAUCCAUCUGCUGAGCAAGUUCUUAUUUCAACGCUGAUGGAAAGUUACAACAGGAAUGCUCGUCCAGUACUAAACAGGAAAAGGUCCACAAAUGUCACUUUUGGACUAGAAGUUGUCCAGUUAGUAAAUGUGGUAAGCAUUUAAUUCAAUUGUUUAAUAAUAACACAAGCUCAGUCAUGCCAUUUUAAGACAUUUUAAUUUACUAAGCAAACAUAUAUUGCCAGUGGCUUGCCUGGAAAAUGUCGUGUUUAAAAGAGAAUCAUUGGAUGAUAACCACAAAAAUAAAAGAGAAGAUGAAGACGGAAGUAAAUGAGCUAUUGCUCCGGGUUCGUCGAAAGAUGCAGGUUAAGUUUAACCCCGGGGUUAAGCCAAAUGUAAGCAAAGUUUUCUUGUCCAGAAACAUGUCAUGGAGCUUAUAAUAUACUGAGUGUUAAGGUGUUGAUUCAGUUAUGAUAACAAAGAAUUAUAACCUGAAAAAUCUAUGGUGAAAUAAAUACAAUCGUGGAUAAAAAAAAAAUUCAAUCCUGGAUUAGCUUGGAAUGUCUUCAGAGACUGAACCGGGUCCAGACUAAGCUGAAGACAGCUUUUCCGAGUGGUUAGGCGUUGGACUUGCAGUCCGGAGUCCCCGACUCUGCUGCUGACUCCAGUCCUGAACACUGGUUGGAGGAUUUUUCACAGGACUCCCGAGUUCAGCAAUCCAACCAAGGCUUGUAAAUAGCCAAGUUACUGGCUUGUCUCUGGCAAGAGCUUUAUCCUCUCUUAUCUCUGGCAUGUUGGGAUUCUUAUUUAAGCUUUUACGGAGCUCUCCUUGAGAUUUCCAAGUUAAAACAGCUCAAACUUUGCAAGUAAAAUACAUACGCAAAGAGUGUUAGCACACUUAGUUUGAUCUCAAUAAAAUUAAGGUAGAUUUUAACGCUCCCUACGAAUAUAUUACUGUUUUUCUCCUUACAGGAUGACCGUAAUCAGAUGAUAACAACAAACGUGUGGGUUAGACAAGUAAGUACUCUUUAAUGACUUUAUCAUUUGGUAUCUCGUCGGAUUUUUAAAAACGUUCUUUUUUUAAAAGACCGAAAAUUACAGCCAUUUGCCUGAGAAGAGGUCAAAAAGGCUAUUUCUUCUACACGAUAAUCCCAAAAGUCAUUAUAUCCUUUGUAUAAAGGAUAUGAAGAGUUUGUUUUGUAACUGAACACAACUGUUGUCUUGCAUUUCAGAGAUGGAAAAAUGAGCUGUUAACGUGGAAAACGGAGAAUUACAACGGUGUUAAAAUAAUAAGAAUCGAUCCCAGCUUGGUAUGGAUACCAGACAUUGUCCUGUACAACAGGUUCGUAAAACACUCUGGUAGUGAAGGAGGGUACCAGUGAAAUGUCUCCUGACAAGAUCUAAUGGUAACAGGAGAGUGGUAAACUUUAAACGUCGAAUUUUUCAUGUACCGAACCUGUUUCCUUAAAUUAAGUAGGUGAACAGAUCGACGUUUGAAUUAAUUAAGUCCAACUUGUCAAAUUUGGGUCGACCCACAUUCGACUGGUAAUUUCGACUGUGGAGCGACUCCUUUUUAAACCGGUCGAAUCUCUCAUGUCCCAAAUCUAACGUUCGUUCAUACGAGUGAUUAAAACAAUAUUACCUUAGUAAAUUUUAAAAAUGUCUUCUUUCAGUGCAGACAGUGUGUUCAGCGGUGGCCUUGAGAAAUACAAGACACGAGUUAUCCUAGAGGACGAUGGUCGUAAUGCAUGGUACAGCCCAGCCUCGUUCCGAAGCACUUGCAAUAUUGAUGUGACGUACUUUCCCUUCGACGAACAAAAAUGUUCCAUGAAGUUUGGCUCUUGGACAUUUGUGCUAACAGACUUGGACAUAGACGCUGAAACGUCGCCCACAUUCUCUGAUAAGUACGUAAAGAGCGCAGAGUGGGAUCUUAUUAAGGCCUCUAAAACGCGAAACGUUCAGUUUUACGAAUGCUGCUCGAUUCCGUUCGCCGAUGUUACCAUUGAAAUGGUUAUUCGUCGCAAGCCGCUGUUCUAUGCCUUUAACUUGAUAACCCCGUGUAUGAUCAUGUUGUCUAUGAUUCUUCUCGGGUUUUUUCUUCCUCCUGAAUCAGGCGAGCGCAUCACGCUAAGCAUCACGGUCUUGCUAGCCAUGGCUGUGUUUCUACAGCUGGUCGCGGAAACUUUGCCUCGCAACUCAGAAACGAUCCCGCUGCUCGGCAAAUUUUACAUCACCAUCAUGGCGGAGAUAUCCAUGUCCCUGAUGUCAACCUGCUGGGUGUUAAACAUUCAUCAUAGAAACUCCGGUCGCUCCGUCGUGAAGAUUCCAUCGUGGGUUGAAAAAUUUGUUCUCGGCUGGCUGGCUAAUAUACUGUGUGUAAGAAAGCCUGCAAUUAAACUGGAGAAAAGUUCAAACGAAGGCAAAAGCAGGGAUUGCCAUGGUGACAUCCAAAUACUUGCGCAGGGGCCCACGAUGAGCGCUGAGGAGCAUGCGCUAUUACCAAUGAAUCACGUGACUCCUGUGUGUCGUUCGAUAGCAAAGGUACAGAAAAGGCUUUCGCUUCCAAAUGGCAUGCCCAAGAAUUCCGAGCAAAAUUCAAAGAGAACCGAGGAAGAUAUUGCGAAAGACUUGACAGUGUUGGCAGACCACACAAAAUUGAAUAGACAAAUUGAUGAAAAUCAAAAGAAAUGGAAACACGUGGCCAUGGUGAUGGACCGAUUUUUUUUCUGGUUUUUCGUCAUCACCGUUCUUAUUUCUACAUUAGUGAUAUUCAAAGAAAAAAUUCGACAGGAAAGUUCUGGCUCCUCUCGGAUAACCUCCUGAUUCAAUAAAGACCUUACGAGUGGCCGUUGGUAUGCCAAGGUUCUAUCCUAACCGGAAAAUUUGAGUUUAAGACUAUCAAGACAACAUUGAGAAAUUCAAAGGGCUAUCCCGGCUCGAAAUACGACACCCAGUUUGAGACACAUCCCAACUAUUACGGUCUCUUCUUGAUGAGACUACCUCUAAAUAAUCUCGUUUUCUAUAUAAGACUUUCGGUACAAAAACAGUUUUGUCUCUUCGUAGGAUCCUUAAGAUAAUAUGUGCAAUGUUUUUGGACUCCGACGGCCAAUUGGUGUUGGAGAAGUUUUAUACGCACUGAAAAGAUCCCCAAUUGCCAAAUGUUUAAAAAACAUCAGUAUUAUAAAAAUAACUACAACAGCUUGCCUUGAUCCUACUUAGCGCAAAUUUCACUAAGUCCUGAGCACCACAGAACGUGAAGAGAUUUCUAUGAAACAAGGCAUCAGGGCAAUGUAAUGAGAAAUAAGAAAUAAAUCUUUACCCAGUGACCUAAAAUGGGCGCGUCCACGUCACCCGAUAACUUAAAGUAGUUCUCGUGUGCCUCCUAUAACAUAGAGAAGGGUCUUCUGGGUAAUUAAGACCCAGGUUAAAUUGUUCAAAAUUCAAGGUGAUUCAUGUAAUGGGUUGAUAAAGAAGUUUAAAACCAAAGAAUACUACGAGGGCUUGUUCGAGGAAUAGAACACGAUUUGUAUUGUUAUUCAAUAUAUUCUUAAGAUAAAGCUUCAUGAAGCCGCACAAUGAGGCACAUAGCCUGCGAAAAUAUCCGUUUCUCCUCGCUCCUCGUAGACGGAUGUUUUCGCAGGCUAUGAGGCACAGUGAAGAAAUAAAAUUUCAGGUGCAUUGAACUAAUAUAACAGGAGCAACAAUCACAUUCUGUUCCCUCAACUUUAACUGUCUAAUUUUCAUUGCAACGCAAUCUCCUAGAGAGUAUGAAGCUUAUAUGUACCAUACAAUCCAAACUAAUGUUAAAUUAGUUUCCAAACUGUUCUGUUCCCAACAACGGAAAUAAGAUCUCUCUCAGCAUGAGAAACUGUUGGUCGUCUUCUAUUUAUUAUUACCAAAGGUCAAUCUCUCAGUCUGGGACUUUAAAAAAAUGAUUAAAACACCAAACUUUUUCUUCACAAAUGAAAACAUUUUAUUGUGUUCCGAAUAAUACACAAUGUUUUGUGAAAUUUUGUAAAGAUGAAUUUGACCGUGUAUGAAAAUACAGUCAGUUUUGUUUGUUUAAGACAAACCAAGUUGUGUCUUAGAUUUGAUUAAAAGCUUUGAUGGAGAAAGAUUUGCAUUUGUAAAAUAGAAUUCGAGAGCUCCGUUGAACGAAACUCUCUACAAAUUUAAAUAAAUAACAGUCUAUCCUUAUAAAAAAUGAAGGACCGAUUGAAACACCGUUAUUACUCGCGAGGAGUUCACUAGUUGAUCAUGGUGAGUCCGAUCCCAUUUUUACAAAUUAUUUUUCAAGGUAUAGUAGGUAGUUGUAGGCAAAACAAGAGCAACUUUCAGAGGUGUUACAGGUGUAUAUAAGUCCGGUACCCUCAAAUACGUUAUUUCAGAAAAUUAAAAUGCACAACUCUUACGCUUCCGCACAACCGCUUAUCGGCAGUCUAAAAGAGCUUAGUUUCUCCCGGCUUAGUUUAAACGACAUAUUUAGUUAUUUACUUUAUCAGUAGUUGUUACAUACGCGUUCACGUCCACAAGAAUUAGACAUAGGUCAGUAUUGACCUGAGAGCAUAGCCUGAGAUAAAUUUUAUCCGGAGACGGGGGUUGCUGCUGAUUUUUUUGAUGGUCAAGAGAAAUAAGUAACGCGGUAUUUUCUCGAUUAGAUACCGGCCCCAAAUAAACGUCGUGUCUAGCAGCUGAAGGGAAGUUGUAGAUAAGUCCAUCCAAAAUUUACUUGUGGUAUUAUAAACUUUAACUCUACUCAAUGUCAAUAACAGCUAUUAGAUUAGAACAGCGCAGUUCAUUCGUUUAAAACGAGAGGCAAAAGCUGCGAGAGAAACAAAGACCGGCGUAUAAAGGAGAAACGCGGCUUCGGCUUCGCCGAACAACAAAAAACAACUGUAUUUGCAUUUCUCUUGUCUUUUUAAGUUACAUUAGGUAUAUGUUUUUAUUACAAAUAUUUACGUUUUUUAGUUAAUUUUUUAGAUAACAAAAAAAUAAGUAUUAAUGAAGGAAAUGCCCAGAGCCUAAAUAAACCGCAAGAUUCGAGCUAGUCUCUAGACAUUUAAUGUAUAUAUUAGAAAUGUAGCUUAAUUCACAAACAGAAAAUACAUGAAUGACGCAAAAAUAAGGAAUAAAGAAAAGUACAUCAGAUGAGCAUAAAGCAUAGCUGAGAAUGGCCAAGCCAAAAAAAAAAAAAGAAGAAGAAUGAAGCUUCCUUCCCGUCCACGGUCAAAUAAGACCACCAGCUGUGCAGACUUGGUUUUAAAGCAGGCCAAGUAAGGCCAGGGUCAUUUAGAUGAGAAAUUACGCUUAUUAUACUACUACAUGAGAAAUUACUGCAAUUUGAUUGGCUUAGAGCAGUGGUAUUUCAGCUUAAUUUGAAAUACCUACAUGUGAAAAUUACAAAACCUUUGUGGGUAGUAGUAUAAACAAAUAAUAGCAUGAUUUGUACGUGAUAUUUGGCAUAAAUACCACUCGUGAUAUUUCAAAAUUGUCUCAAAUUUCACUCGCCUAACGGCUCGUGAAAUUACGUAUAACAAUUUCGAAACAUCACUCGUGGUAUUUAUGCCAAAUAUCACUACAAAUCAUGCUAUUACCUAUACUAAUUUGUAUUUCAAAUAAAAACAACGCUUGCUUACCUUAACCAUUUUCCUGGGAGUUUUAUACGUAAGGUAGAGGUAUGCGUUGAUAGUGGAAAACAGUGAAACCUCUAACAAGACACAAAUGUCCACUGCUCCGGAUAACCGUUUAUGUCCAUCUUUGUAUUUAUAAAUCCCACUGGUGGAAAACCUCUUUGUUAUAUAGAAAAAAGGUUGUUUGCGAGUCGCCAUGCUAAAAGCUGUUUUAUUAUUUCAGAGUACGUCGCGUUUUCCAACGUGGUACUGUUCUUCUGUUUAUCUACCGGGAUUUUUGAAAACGUUAUAGCCAAAUGGACCUUUUGCGUCCAACAGUUUUCAACAUCUCCAAAGUAGCUAUUAUAAAAACUGAGAGUGCAACCAUUGCUUUUUUCUCUUCUCCUCCUUUCUUUCUCCCCGCUCUUUCUUUUUCUCCUUUCCUUUUCCUUCGCCUACUGUGAUUUUGGAGCUUCUCGGGCUUAUGAAACCUGCCUCAGUUUGACGCCUUUUCACUCAAAUGACUGCACUCUUCCUUCUUAUUGCCUUAAGAUAUAUAGUGGUGGCCCUGUCCUAAGGUACGUUAGGAUGGACGACAGAAACGUGCCACUUGUUUUGCAACAUUACUGCAAAACGAGUUGAAAAGCAAAGUAGCGCGUUUUACUACCCAUUCAAACCUGUCUUGCAACAAACCAGGUUGUUGAAGGUUGCGAAAAGCUGAUGCAAAAAGUAUAACAGUAGUUCUACGUUCUGCAAAAAAAUUCGCACGUGCUGCGUGUUUUACCGACCCAAUGCGAACUUGUUUUACAGCAAGUGAAGUAGCUUCCGUGUAGGGCGUGACUCCCGCGUAAUUUUAUCCAAUCAAAAUUCAGUAUUCGUGCAAACGUGACUUGCAGCAACCUAUAUUUGUUGUAAGACACGGUUGAACACGGGUCGUAAAACGCGCAGUCGUUCUGCAGCUCGUUCUGCCUAAGACCAAUUUUUGAACCCCUGGAAUACGUCAGCGGUGUCUCUUUUGCUCGUAAAAGUAGCUUGAAACAUUUUCCCAAAUAAAUUGUUGAGAAAGAUGUACUUUUGGUCUAAUAAUGUCCAGUUUCAAAACCCGACGAUUGCUAUGGAAUUUCAUGCACUUAACCGAUGAACUGUCGUCAUGCGCAAUGCAAGAGCUUGCGUCACCACUGUCCGAAAAUCAAGAGACUUUUCAUAAAAGAAAAACGAAUCUUCUGCAUUGUGGAGUUAUAUAAAACGAGAGAUAGUAGGCAAAUUCUGAUCAUACUACUCCUGGUGCUUCGUUUUCCCCUAACUACACUUCACUUGUGUUUUCAAAAGCACAUCACGUGACAAUUUGAACUUGGCCGACAUGUUGACGAUUCCUUUAAUAAUCAGAGCGCAACGUAUCGUUCCGAUACUGAUUAUUCGAGGUCUGUAUUUAUUGCUGUUAACUCUCUCUUUAAGUUUAUAAAUUCCCAAAUUACACGCAACAGAAAAAUCACAUCGCAAGAAUUUCCUGAAUUUUCCUAAGGUAUAACUUAAUGAAUAUCUUUCAAAAUUGGCUUCAUCCUGGAAAUUACGUGAUCGAUUAGUAGAGAGUACAACUUCUUAGCGCAUUAUUACACUUACAAAUCAAAGUUAUUAGCUAUUUCAAAAUUUAUGUAAAACACGCACGUAUUGGCCACUCUUUGCAGCCAAAGCAAAUAGUUAUAAACUGAGUGAGCCAAGAAAAAGGGUUGUCGUUUAAAAAAAUAAGAGUCAAGUUCUUUUCUGGUUUCAGGUCGGUGAUUUGAACAUCCUUUACUGGUUGAUCACGAAUUGUACAAUCGUCAAUUCUUAAUUUUGAGGCAAUGUACUGAUCUCUCUCUUGAAAAAGAAAACAUCGGAUUGUGGUGUUACAAUCAAGUAUUUAAAAGCCGGCAAAGAGAUAUUUCUUAAAUUGGAAUUAAAUCAAAUUUCGAACUACUUUCUGCUUCCCUAUUUUAAAACAACCAAAACCGUUUUCCUACUUUUAAUUUAGGUGAAAAUUACGAGUGAAAAUUGGCAGAUCUAAGGUAUAAUUUACCACGUCGGAAGGUCGAUUAAAAAGAACAGGAAAAAGUCAUCAACUUUGUCUAAAAUUUAUGACAGCCUAACAACUCUUUGUGUCGCACUCGCCUUUUUUCCAUUAAGAUCAAUGACAACUUUUGCAUUUUUUACAAUCAAUAAUUAAAAAGUUUAAGCGAUUUCUCAUCAAUUCGUGGGAAUUGAGGUCUGGUUGCAAUUGAUUGUAAUCAAAUCCGAUUUGGUUUUCUGACCAGUGACAGACAUACCCUUUGGACAUGGUAACAAAUUGAAAACCGUAGAACACAGAUAAAGACUUGCUUUCCAAACCACAUCAUUAUGACAGAGACGAACUAAAUGCCACGAUAAUGCUGACAGCUUUAGAGGAAAGUAUCUAUCUAGAGGCGUUGCUAACACUCCGCGAAUUUAUCUUCAAAGGCCGACCAUCGAUCGCAAAGUAUAUUGCACACCUAGCCUUCUAUUAGAAUCCCUGCUACUUCAAGAUUUCAUCGGAAAAAUAUUUAGUCACGUCCAGUACAAGGAAUCAGUUCUUUUGCAUAACUCUUCGCGUUUCUCACAAAGUCGAAGCUUAUGUCAAUCGACAAUUGGCAAUUCAGAAGAUUUUAGAAAUCUCGGCGGUCUUAAUUAAGGCCCUGUGAGGACCAACAAGGUAUCGAUUGACUCACAGCAAAAAUCAGGCCUUUUUACUCGUUUUAGCUAGUCAGGAAUCAAUGAAAGGUAAGUAGCGACAGAAAUAUUUCAUAACGUAACGAUUAUUACACACUGAAUUUUGAUUUUUGUAAAUUAUAUCAACAUCACUAGAAGCUCCUUUGAACUCUAAAGUAUACGCGGGCAGGUGCGCAGUUUACUACGAAAUCUACAUUCCUUUCUUUGACUCCCGCUCAUUUAAUUAGCAUAACACUAUGGAUACUUUCGUCCUGCAUGUUCAAAAACAUUACAGGAGAACUUGAAACAUGCUUUGUCUUUAUUUUAUUUAGCUUUAUCUUUAAGAAAUUCAUUUUCGCCGCGUUUCUACUGUGUAUUGCUCUUUAUAAAGUGGACAGUUUGUAAGUCUUGAAUUUCUUGUUUCACCCUUUUUUGACUUUUUUGUUUUAGCUGUAAAUUCACUCGCAAAACCGGCUUCUUCAUCUAAAUACCGACUGAUUUUAAUCAGUGAUUAACCGCAAUAAGUUGUUACUGAGUACUGAGCGAAAAUAGCAAAAUGAGUUUCCUAGAUCGGCACCCUUAAAUUCUAGUUAAUGAACCAAUUUAUAACGACCUUCGAGUAGAGACUUUCAUGGCCGCAAGAGACGUUGCGCUAGAGAAUGUGGUCGGUUACGUGAGUUGGUCACUAACGAAAAAAUACGAAUGUAAUCACUUGAAUGUUAAAGUAAAAUUUGUAAUUAAGAAUAAUUAAGAAAGAAAAUGCCAAAAUGUAUCGUGAAGCAUUAGUAAUCCCUCUGAGCAAAAUGAACGAUUCUGAUCUAUGGCUCAUUAGCAGCUCAACACUUGAAACUUUCACUCGACCUUGAACAUUUAUUCAACAAUACACAAAUGGGAAACCAAAUUCAUUCAUUGAAUGGUAGAAUAAGUUCGCCAACCAGCCCAUCUUGUACAAGAUUGUCAAAAGACGGAAAAUAUUAAGAUUCCAUGGAAAUCAUAAAUUUUAGAAUAGCGACAAUUAGAUGAAACUAAAGAACAAAACAUUGGAAGAAUAUCAACAACCUACACUGUGAAAAUAAUCCACGUUAUUUUAAUAAUGUGUUUAAAAAACACCUAAGUGUGUCAGAGAAGAAUGAGAACGAACCUAUACCAUCCGAUUGGUACGACACCCAGUGAAAAUUUAUUAUAAGAGAGGAUCGAAAAAAAGUUCAAAAUGAAUUUGUCAUAUCAAAUUAAGCGAAACUGUGAUAGUUCGUAGUGAUUGAAAGAAGCAGAUAUAACAAGGCCAAGAACGCGUGGAAGUAGCGUUCUGCUUACAAUUUUUUCUUUAAUUUUUAACAAUUAAACUUAAAGAUUUCCUAGACUGCAAAACAGACGGUCUUUUUCUCAAAAUCAGUAAAGGAAUCGGUUAAGCGUAGCGUAAGAGUCUUAAGCGCCAAGCGCGCGAGCCUCACACGCCCGUAAGGCCUGUGAGGCGAGCUCUCUGUUUUCAGCUUCGUUCCAGACCUUUCGUUUGACUGCUCGCGCGUCCUUGAAUACGCGGAAUGAAAAUGCGGACUGUUUUGCCGUCUAAAGAUUUCCUUGAGUUCGAAGUACCCGUGGUCCACCAAACUUUGCCUUUUAAUUUGCCUAAAAUCAUCAUUGCCCAACUUUUUAUGAACUUAUAACUGGUCUUGAUAACCGAAAUGAUUCCGUCCGGCAACUUGCCGGCCUUUUUGCAUAAAAACCCAGUAUUUGCUAAUAAAGCCACUAAAGGGGAUGGAUUAUCGUCAUUUUUGCGAUAGUUUAACACCUGACGAUAUUUAUGAACGCGAGCUGUUCACAUCUGUUCAAGCGCUGAUUUUGUCAGUUAAGGUUUUACCCCUCAUUUAAACAAGGCCCGUUUUAAGUCUAAAAGUUAUUUUCUGAGUUGGCUUUUCAGAAAAAACUGCUAGAGGCUUCGUUAGACUUCAUGAAAAACGUACCUAAGUCUUACUAGCCCAUUUUUCUUUUACGUUUGUUAUUUGAAUUGUUUGCAAAGCGGCUUUCCCGAAAAUUCCCUGAGCAAGGGUCAACGUGCGGCAACAAUUGAAAAAUAUAUAUUAAUUCACUUGAUCUUGCAGAAACUUAACAUGAAUUCCUUCUCAUGGGGAAGUUUGGUGCUCGUUGGAGUCCUCUUAUUAACAAUACAGGGUAAGAUUUGCUGAGAUACCAUUAUUUAUCCCGUACCAUAAAGAAUAGAGCCAAUCAGAAAGCAACAAACGGUGAGAAAGUUAGUUGAGACGCUUUGCCCUAUAGGAGGGUCUCAAAGCGGUUAACCGUCAGCCGUCAAACGGCCUAAAGAUUAAACGUCAACCGUCAAAUAUGCAGAUCAGAAGAUAACCGUCAAAAAGUUUCAUGGUACUUCAAAUCUCACUGUUUCAUUUAAUAUGUACUUUAACGUUUGGGCAACAUUUCCACUAAAUAACCGUCAACGGUUAAAAGCUCUAAAAUGUAACCAUCAACCGUCAAAAUUGGAGAAAAUUUAUGGUAAAGCGUCAAAGCUACCACCCCACUGAGACCCAAACUCGUUCCCAGGUUUCUCUCCCACCCGUCCCUACGGAGCGAGAGAGAACCUAGGAACGAGGUUGAUUGAGACCCUCCUAAAGGGUCUUUCUGACCUUUUGCCCACUUAAAAAGGAAAAAAAAAUUGAAGCUUGCCCUCCCCACCCCCUCCAUGCAAUGUUGUGCCGCUGUUCAAGUUACCCGUAGGAAACAACAAACACCUUAACUUUGAAUGGAGGGGAGAGGGGAGGGAUGUAGACUGUUUUGUUCUCCGAAGUUACCCCUUUUGAUGACAUUUAGAUGUCUCAACAAUUUUGUCGCCGAUUGAAAAACCCGUUGCACAUUCUGCGAUAUACAAGGAGUCGUAUUCCACGACCAAUUAUGUGAAGGAAGGCACUAAUUCGAGCAUUCACCUAUAAAAACAGCGCACUCAUAUCAAGGCUGGCUUUAACUAACGACGGAGUCAGAGUCGGAUCGGAGCCGUAAGCGGAGUCGUAAGAGAGCUUAUGACCUAGUGAAAAUUAAGAAUCGGAGUCAUAAGUGCAACAGGAUCGGAGGCGGAAUAAUCAGAACGUUUCCAUUUUCUUCCGACUCCGCUUAUGACUCCGUCGUUUUCGAUCUAGUGAAAACCAGAUUGUCAGAGUCGGAAGCAGAAGCGGAAGGAUAAACCAAUCGCAAUGCACGUGCCCACGCUUUUUGAUUGGUUCAGUUCUUCCGCUCCUGCUUACGACUCCGAUCGACAACCUAGUUUUCUCCAAGAGCCAUAAUGGUUAGUGAAAACCAGCCUUAAGGAAUUAACGACCAUAUUAAUUUAUGUGGCAGUUGGAGGGACGUUUGGAAAUAGAACCAUUACACCUGAAGAGCGACUGAUAGAUGAUUUGCUUGAAAACUACACAAAAGAAGCCAGGCCCGUAAAGAACCCAAAGCACAAAAUUAAUGUUACUUUUGGAUUUGAACUAGUGCAGUUGGUACACGUGGUAAGUGAAUAAAAACAAAUCUGCGACUUCACUCUUUGCGACCUUCUCCCCUCCACCCCGCCUCCCCCCAUUCCUCAUUUACACCGGACAGGUAGGCUUAGUUUCUGUUACAUUUUCAACUUAAGGGUCUUACUUGUACCACUUUUCUUUUACCUAAAACUCAAAGCCGGUCUUAGUUCUUCUUGUAGACUAUAGUAAACGUUUUACGGUCCGUCUCAAUCAUCAUUUAAAAGUGUCAAACUACACAUUUCUAAGCGAACGAAGAACUCAGUUUAUAAAACAAGGACAGUUUAAAAAAAUCGGUACAGAUUACCUUUUCGCCUCCUCCGUCAGUAUAUUAUGGUGGCCCAAAAGUGUCACGGCAAUCUCAAUUUGUUCACGGCAAUUUCAAUUUACUCACAGCAAUUUAAAUUUGUUCACGGCAAUUUCAAUUUACUCACGGCAAUUUCAAUUUCUCGAGCAAUAAGCCCCAAUUACAUUGUAGGUUAUAUCCCAUAAGACAGCACAAGAGACUCUCGAUUAAACUUAGAAAGCUCCAACAAGCUAAGUCUAGCAGAAAAAACACUGCCCGUAAUAAUGUAAACUUAGCACAGUCUUCCACUAGCGCGCACUAGGCGCCAAGAAUUAACAAUGUACAUUACAAUGAUGUACAUAGGCUAGCAGACACUCCAAGAGCCAAGAUCAACGAACUUGACGAAGUUUUGAAUGUAAUCAAAACCGCUCUUGAGAAUAAAAAAUGUGAGUCUUAUCCCCGUCUGAGUCUUAAGAAAUAAGGGGAGAAGCUUAAAAGAUAAUUCAAAAAGCGAAAAACGUUUUUCAACCGAAAGAGGAAAGAACGCAAUAGAAACAAAGGGGAAAUGCGCUACAACAACACAUGGGAGUUGCUCGCUCCGGGUUAUGGGCUCCUGAAAUAACCUAUACAGUGCACUUAUUGCUCGAGAAAUUGAAAUUGCUGUGAGUAAAUUGAAAUUGCCGAGAAUAAAUCGAAAUUGCCGUGAGUAAACUUGAAAUUGCCACGAGUGAAAUUGAAAUUGCCCUGAGUAAAAUUGAAAUUGCCCGAGACACUUUUGGGCCACCGUAGUGUAUAACCUUCAGCAAUUCGUAACUAGAUUUUAGUAUCAUCAUCCGAGCUGGUGUAGACCAUAAUAUGAGUGCUAACGUGGAAGUUUCUGACAACUUGUGCGGAAGUAGCCUCGUUCCUGGGCCCCAUAGAAACGAUGUUGGAGUGGAACCAGUUGACGGUAUCUUAAACUGUUACUUUCAGUUAGUUAUUGAAUGAAUAGGUCAAUUAAUUCAAGAUGUUAUUGGUAAUCUCACUGUUAGGUGAACCGUGAUAUUUGAAGGUACACAAUUGUCAAACGCUUUUGUUAUAAUUUGAUUCAAAUUUUCAUUUUGAUUCCAGAAUGACCGGAACCAAAGGAUCACAACAAACGUUUGGGUUCGGCAGGUAAUGAUUAGUUAUCUACAUCUCUUUAACCGUCUGAGAAGCAGACAACAGUCUGAAAUAGCCUGCGUGGCAGGCGUUAAAAGGGGAAGGAGAAGGGGAAUUUGGGCGUGUGAGAGCGCGUGGUCUCGCGUCCUAAUUCCCUUCCCCUUCCCUUUCGAACGCCUGCCACGCAGGCUAGUCUGAAACGACAUGGUGCGUUGUAAAUUCCGUGAUCUCAAAACAAAACCUAUAAUCUUUUGAUAGAUUUGGAAUAAUGAGCUAUUGAAAUGGAACCCACGUGAUUACAAUGGUAUAGAGGCCGUUAGACUUGACGCCUCCCGUAUUUGGAUCCCAGAUAUUGUGCUGUACAACAGGUGAGUGAUGACGGCUGGAGAUGCUUGUUGCUUGCAGUUUCAGCCAACUGCAAGACCCUCUUUAACUCCUGACUAAGUAACUCUCAAAAGAGUCAGUCAAAUAGCUCCUGCCAGAUGAAAGUUUCUAGGCAAAUACUGGAAAGCAGUGCCCCCCCCCCCUCCACCCCUCCGGCCGCGAACGUUUGGACAUUUCAAGAGCAGAACUAUGUUACAUGUUCCCACCUGCCCUCGUUGAUGAUAUCCUCCACAAUUGAGAAGACGAGGUUCGUGACAAUCAAUUUAAGAACAACAGGCACAAUGGCAAGACUUCGGCUUGUCCCAUGCGAGCCUCACUCGCAGACGUUCCUUUGGUUUGUCACGAAAUUAAUCCUCCCCAAGGAACGUUCGUGGAGAAGGACCGCGAGACGAAGCCAUAUGAACGUUUGCGUGGGAAUUUAGUCCCAUGUACCCCCCACCCCUCCCCCAUGACAAAGUUGUGGUAAACUUGGGCAUUUUCUAACAAAUCUCCAAGCCCUGGUUCCUGAAAAGCCGAUUAAUCUAUCCUCCGAUUAGCAAUUAAUCCACAAUUUUUAAACUUCUUAUUCCCCGGAUAACUAAUCGUGGGUUAAAAAGUUGUUCCUGAUAGCGAAAUUAUCCCGCAAUUAACUUAUCCCAGAUUAGUGCUUAAAAAACCGGUUUAACGAGUUUAUCGACCACCUGCUUCUAAAAAAGAUGGCGCGAAAAUUUGCGACAGCGCAUGGUUUCUUCUCGUCUGCCUUUUGAAAUCGUGUCUUAGGAUUUCUACUAGAUAUUUUAUUGACUCUCGGUCAAACCUAUAUCUGCCGCGAAGUUCUUUGUCUGUUAGUUGGUCGAGGUCAAUUUCUCGACGUUGGAACUUUCUUUCUCGUAUUUGUGAAACAGUAAGUCGGCCAUUUUGUUUGUUUUGACAAACUUUUUCCCCCGAUUAGUGAGUUAAUCGUCUUCGCUAGGUGGGUUAAAUUUAACACGUAGUUUAUUCCUAGAUUAGUCUUAAUCGUGCUUUCCGAGGAACAGAAUCUAAUCUUGAAAUAAAAUUUAUUCCGCGAUUAGCGAUAUUUAAUCCUGGAUUAGCGAUAACCGGCUUUCCAGGAACCGGUGCCAGAACAUUACACGUCUUCACCCCUUUAAUGAAAUGGAAAGAUGCUUUUGCAAGUUUCUCAAAAUUUUAUCAGAGAAUGAAAUUCUUUCAGUACCGAGUCUGGAAUCGUCAAGGUCAGUGUUCCUUCUUUGUUAUUUUCAGUGCUGACAGUGAGUUCAGCGGUGGGACGGAAAAAUACAAGACGCCUGUAAUUCUAACCUGGACGGGAAAGUGCAGUUGGUAUUGUCCUGUAUCCUUCACCAGCACUUGUCCUAUAAAUGUGCAGUAUUUCCCUUUCGACCAACAGAAGUGCGUAUUGAAGUUUGGUUCCUGGACUUAUGAGGUGAAGAAACGUAAAAGUGCAGCUGAGUACAAGUUUACUUUUAUAGACCAAAUAAGGGAAUCGAUCUAGCCAAUCACAACACGGGUACCAAAAACCAAUAAACCAAUCAGAAUUUAGACCGAAGGCGGGAAAACGCGUGAAGUAUACAAGCAGAAGCAUAUAACCCUUGAUACAAGUCAAAACUGAUUUUGAUUGGUUGAUAAGAAAAAAAGAAUAAACACCAGUUCUAACAGCGAGCAGGUUCAUUUAUAGCAUGUGCGUAAAGUCGUCGCAUUUUCCAGUUUAUUCAUUUGCUCAUUAAACAGGUAUUUUACAGAAAAAGUCGUUGGAUACUCCCAAGAUAAGAAACUUCCGUGAACGCCGGUCUGCUUUGCGAGAAGAGGCGAACAGAUAAUAGCAGAGUACCCAAAAACAAUUACAAUUUUGAAUAUCCCUUAAAUUUGGCUUACUUAUUUUAGUGGCAAAAUACAACGUACGUUUCAUUAAAAAUUAGCAAAGUGAUAUACGAUCCUGUCGAUGUAAGAAUUUCAGUCACAAACAAAUGUCAGGUCUGAUUGGGGGGGGGGGAGCGGAUCCCUGGACCCUCCCUCUUGGAUCCGCCACUCAGGGUGACGCAUUUUGUUUCUCUUUCACACCAUGAACUGGUGCAAGAAUAAGCAUGUUAUUGUUAAAAGGUAUGAACGUUCUGCCUCCCCCAACUGGGUUUUCUUUCCAUCCCUGCCAUUCGGCAUAGCGCCGGCCAUUAAAAUGGCCGCUGCGGAGACAUUUGGCUUUACAGUGAAAAUAAUUAAAACCGUAAAUCUAUUUUUUAUCCAGGUAACAGAGCUAGAUAUGAAAGCAGAAAACCGCUCCUCGAAAUCACAGUAUGUAGAAAGUGCCGAGUGGGAACUGGAAGAUGUGACGAAACAAAGAAAUGAGCGGAAAUACGCGUGCUGCAAGCAGCCACUUGCCGAUAUCAGCAUCACUAUUUUGAUCGACAGAAAACCUCUUUUUUAUCUCUUUAAUCUUGUCAUUCCGUGUUUUAUAAUCUUGUCUAUGGUUCUGCUGGGAUUUUUCCUGCCACCUGCAUCUGGGGAAAGGAUCACGCUGAGCAUCACAGUGCUUCUGGCCAUGGCUGUGUUCCUGCAGCUUGUAGGGGAGAGCUUACCUCGUAACUCAGAGACGGUGCCACUCUUGGGUAAGUUCUACAUCACCAUCAUGGCAGAGAUAUCCAUCUCACUGAUGCUGACUUGCUGGGUCCUGAACAUUCACUAUCACGGGUCUGGAAGCUCGGCAAAAGAGGUUCCUCUCUGGGCCCGAAUCAUUGUCCUGCAGUGGCUUGGAUAUUUGCUGUGCGUUGGGAAGCCCGAUGGAAGCUCCCCGGACGUCCCCAACCCUGACCUCAGAUACCACCAGGACGACAGGCGCAGAGGUGGAGCAUUUGCGAUGGACUGGGAGACGUCUUUUUCUCCAGCCGCUAACUGUCACUGCACGCGGUGCAUGAACGCUAGAGGAGCUCACUACAGCGGCGACAGAAGCCCAGAUGAAUCAAGAUUGCUAGAAGUAAGGUACACAGGAGAAACCUCGCCUGUUGACAUGCCUGAAAAACGCUCACGAGAGAGACCCAAGGAGAGGCUGUCUGAGGAAAUAAGUGUUCUUGCAAACAGCAUUCGAGAGCGCGAGAAAGUGGAGAAAAAUCAGGAAGACUGGAAAUAUUUCGCAAUGGUUAUGGACAGAGUUUUCUUCUGGAUCUACUCUAUGACUAUCGUGAUGUCGACUUUGACCAUAUUUUUUACUCGAGGUGAAGAGUAAACACGAAUGUGAGCAGAUUUGGUUUACUGACAAAAGAGCAACACUCCCGUAUGGAUGUAAAUCAAAGUGACGCGAGCAAGACAACUUUGAGAAGCUGAAAUUCCAAUUCGCAGAACAUGAAACUGAUUCAAGAUCGAUCAAGACUAACGUCUUUAAUUCAACAAAACGCUGACUUUAAAAGACCAAGAUGGAUAUAAUUAUAUGAAUAAUGUCUCGUAGCAGGUCAAUCAUUUAAAAAAAAUGUAUAGAAUCUGUCUAGAAAUGUAUUUAAAAGUUGACUGGUUUUUAGAGCCGGGGUGAUCAGCAUCUAAUUUCUCCUGAUAAAAAUUCCUGUUGAUUUACAUGACAAUGAUCCCACAAAAAAUCUUCGGUUUGUAAUCAAAUUCAGUCAUUCUGAGACCAGGAGAAAGAUACUCAAGUAUCUAUCAUGGGCAUUUAGGGUUAGGGCCGAGGGGACUGCGGUCCCCUUUCCCUUCUUAGCUCUUCUUGUCUGUGAUAUUUUCUAUUAUUUUUAAAGAAUUCUCAGUAAAAUAAAUAGUAUCUAUAUAGCUGGCAAGUAUUCCGGCCACUCCUUUCUGAAUUUUCUAGAUCCGCCCCCGGCAGUGCUGAUAUACAUGCUGAUGCCUGUUAGGACUACUACGACUGAGGAUUAACGAGCUACUUUUUAAAUUAAAUUCAGAUACAUAUAAUACAUAUAAAACAUAUGAAACAGAGAAACUUGUAUUGAUGAAUAUAGUUUCAUUCAUCCUAAUUUUGGCUCAGAUAGUGCAAUCAACACCAAUCAGCGCGCAGACGAAGAUAAUAAUUCACGGUUUGAUCAUAUCGAAGACAGUACGUAGCCUAGUGCGUACUUUUUCGAGAUUAAGCUCGUGUUCAAACUAGCUUGAGCUAUACGCUAUUGUAAAGAAAUCUAGUUAGAGUUGAGCCUACGAUCAGUUGAAAACGAGAAACCUGUCAGCGGCAAACUUAAAAUGACACGUCAUCUCAAUGAGUUGACACUUGAGCCCGCGAUACAGUCAUGUGAUACUGAUCACCGGAUUCCCUGUUUUGACAGCUAUCGAUAUUGACAACAUGAACGUGCAAUAUCACGGUUGCAGGCUCCCACAAUAGCUAAAAAGAGUAACAUUUUACAUUGGUUUCCCAAUGGUACGGACGGACGUACAGUCUCGCGACUACCAAAAUUUCUUGGACGUAUAGGUAACCAAAUUUUCUUAGCUAUGGGGCUCCGCUCGCGGGAGCGUGGAGCUCCGCUAAUAGUAAGGUUGGCCAUUAGCUAGAGGUUAGCUUGUAAGGGUUUAUAAUACAUUCUUAUCUAAGUAUGGUUUAAAUAUGAGAUGAAAAAGCUAAUGCUAAAAAUUAAGUUUAAAAUCUAAAAUUUAAGAUUUUAUAAUUUACCCGAAAAUUCAGUAAUUUAAAUUUAACAAAUUUAAGAAUUAAAUAAUCUCUUGGCUACCGACAUUUAUUUUCCAUAAAUGCCUUGUGCGUGUUUAUUUAAUUCAGACGUUUUGCAGGUGAUCCGCGGCAUUUGUUAUUAGAAAGUCUUGUGUUAAGGUGGCUCGUCUGGAUUUUUUUGGGGGAUAACUCCCAAGUUUGAGCAUCAACUACGUCGCCAUGAGUAAAGAUAUGGGAAAAAGAUUACUAUAACUGUAUUAUAUGAAGAUGAAAGUUUCUUAUGACCUGUGUUUUAUUGCAAUCGGCGUCUCCAUGGCAACGUAAUAACGCCAUUACGUUUUUUAGUUAUCUUGUGUUUCUCUCUACCAGGAGUUUCUUUAAGAAAUCGCUUAAGGGAGUAUGUACCUACCAUAAUUACCUCAAUUAUGGCAAAUUGUGAACAAAUUCUAUGAGAGCGGUCUCGAAAUAUUUUGAAACGAAGUUAUAACAAUCAUAAAAAUGGUGAAAUAGCAUGCUAUCCACACAAUUAGCUAAUAUUUUAAGAAAAUGAUAAGCUUUGGAAACGCGGCUUCAUCUCAUACUGGUUUGAUGCCAUUGAAAAUUGCGUACAAAAAAAGAGGGGAAUUGCUCUGAGCGAUCGCGAGUAAGAAGAAUUUUAUUAACUUGCAUUCAGCUGCUUUUGUUACAGUUUUUAGACGUAAUCAGGACCUACAAAUUUCGCAUUUUCCAAAAAGCUGUCAUGAUUAUCAUAAUUCAUAAUUGACAUUUAUAAUUUCUCCUCAUUCCUCAUGAGGAAAUUGGUGAAAUUUAAUUUUUUCUAAACUGAACUUCAGCCUGAGCUAUGUUCAAAGGAAUUUUUUUCUUCUCAGCCGCAACGUUGUUAUAAAAAAAAGGUGUAGUGAGUUAAGGAUACGAACGGUUGCUAUAUAAUCAGGAAGAAAAUGUAGCGUCAAUAAUAUGCUCAAAAGGUGAAUGCCUAUUAAUUUUAGAAAUAAACCCAGCAAUCUGAUGAUUGUUUUCCUUGAUAUAAAUACGCCCUUCACAUCAGCAUUUUCUUUUAAGUUACUCACAGACAUUUUCAAACCUGUUUUGGGAAUGAAGUCUGGUCUGAAGCACUGUAAGCCACACGAAGGAAAGGAAAAAGUUGAAACUUCGAUCGGAUUGCAUUGAAGAAGACAAGCUAGACUCAUUAGAGGACCACAAUUCUAUCAGUUAUCGCAUUUUACUGCUAUGGAUAACCUUCUCUAAACAUGUUAAGUCGUUAUCUUAUCGUAUGAAUAAGAAGUUGCGCGAAACUCUGUGGAGAAAAAACUCUCCGGCGGAAAGUGGUCAAAGCAGGAAUUGAACCUGGUCUCAUGGUCUCCUCUCUACUAGCCGUCGGCAUUUCUAAAAAAUAUCAACAAGAAUAAUUUUAAUAGUGCCGAGUUUAGCGGCUUGUAUUUAGGUGAAGUCAAACUCAAGCGAUGUCUACACUCUACCAGAUAGCUCUAGUCCCGUCAAGAUAACCAUAUCGGCGGAUAGGGUUUAAUCUCGGAGCGGUUUCUGAAACCGAGCGAAGAUGCACUGCGCCGACCCUGAAAGUGGAAAAACUCUUCGUACCAUCGUGAUGUGUUCAUACCAGGUUAGGGUGUUUUUUUUAUAUCGAUAUGAUAAGCAAUCCAGCAUAGUGUAGCCUCAACAUUCGCUCUUUUCUUGGCAGGUGCUACUUGACCAAUCAGCAAGCUCUCGACCAGCGCAACUGCAAACUAACGCGCCUGUGCAAAGUUAGAAUUUGUUUGUUUGUGCUUUCAUAAAGGACACUCACUGAUUUGAAUUCGUUCCGUUACAAAAUCGCUCCAAAAUCACAGUUUUAAAGCGUAAACAGAAGCCCUGUCUGAUAUGGUUUUCGUGCCGGCGUAAAAGCUAUCCGGUAGAUUGUGAAUAUAGACUGAGACUACAUCUGGUGCUAAGAAAUAAAGACAUUAGCCUGCGAGCGAGCUCUCCUAUUAGGGUAAGCGAAGUGAGCCUCGCGAGAACGCGCGAGCGAGGCCCCUCGCGGCUUCGCCGCUCGCUCGCGCGUUCUCGCGAGACUCGCUUCACUCGCCCAAAUAGGAGAACUUGCUCGCAAGCCAUAAAGACAUAAGAUUUUAAAGGCGGAUGUUGCACCGGACGAUUCGCAACGACGAUUUUCAGCGAAACACAACAUUACAACAUCGUUGCGACAUUGUUUCGAAUGGUUGCAGCAUUGUUCCAACAUUGCUACGCUGUGUUGCGCUCAAAAUCGUCGUUGCGAAUCGUCUCGUGUAACAUUAACUUAUCUCUUUCUCAGUACAAGGCAAAGCCUUCACUUAAAGAAUUUUGCCAUGGUCUUUUUGGUAAAAUGCUGACUCCUCUGUAAGAUAUAUUCGUGUCAACGUUAUUUCCAUUUUUUUUUCUUUAUUAGGAGCACCUGUCUCGUGUCCUUGUAUACAAGGGAUACCGAGAAUAAUAGCGGGACGAAUCAACAAAUAAUUAUUAAACCUCAUUUCAUUUUCGUACAAUACAAUAAAUAAUUAACUUUGAGGUUGCAUAACGUAUAUAUGCGUUCGAAAAGGGGUAGUGUAGUUUGAUGUUUACUGAAGCUGCCAAUUUUAACUAAAAAGAUUCUGAUUUAAGUACUGCGUAUCGAUUUGGAAAACUAGUCUUAUCAGGCAAUAAACACCACAAACUCCUACGGCUUAAGUCAAAACAAUUCGGUCACAGGCGGAGCACCUGGGGAAUUUUUAAUUUUUUUCCAAGAGCCAGAAAGUAAUUUGCCACAUUCUGUUUUAUUCUUUAACAAUGUCGAGUCCCUAAAGAGAAAGCGGUAUUAAAUUCAAAUGGGAGUCAUCAAAUUUACAUUUAUUCAAUGAAAUUUUCCUCCAUGUUGUAACUCAGUCGAAGUGGCCGAGAGGUUUAGAAUUAUUGCCGCCAAAAUGGGUAAUUCUAGACCGCAAAUUUCACCACUUAUUAAUAUCAGCUGGAGGACAUAAAUUUUCUUGGAAUAUAUUUUCACCGCAGGUAGGUUUUAGUUGGUGAAAUGUUAUAACGCGAAAAACUAUUUAGAUAUUUUUCUGACCUUCGCUUUUUUUCUUUGGUUGCAUAAACUCUGACUUCUUUUUAAUUGCUCAAACAAAACCACAACAAAAAAGAAUACAAACCGAGAGAGAUUUAAAAGGCCGUCAAAAGAAAACUGUUGAAGUUCCGGCUGGUGAAUUCAUCACAAAAUACAACUGAUAGGUAAGCCAUUUUUCCGUUCUUUUCGGCUCAGUUUUGUGAAAAUCAUCAAAAGGCUGGCUUAAGUCAGUAUUUCGACGCUUUUAUUUCCAAUUAUUUAGUAGACUGAAAGUUGGAUAAUAACCUUAAAAUUAACACAUAUCCUUUCGCUCACGUCAUGCACUUCGGUAUAUAUGCAUAGCGGUCAGAACUUAACGGAAUAAGCGCCAUUAUUUAUCAACCUGUCAUCUGCGAAAACGCACACAAGUUUUAACAAGCACAAUAUCCCGGGAAAACUUAAAUUGAUUCAACUGAAAUUCGUUGUAAAUUGUGACAGUUUUUUUUCUUUCUUAUUGUUAAUAUUCAUCCGCCUCUUCCACGUCUCAUAUGCAUAGUAUACUCCGCCCACCCCCCUGCCUUCUCAAUGUUGCGUUAAAGAAGGAUUGUUUUUGAACAGGGAUUUUCUAUUUUGGGGGUUGAUCGUAAAGGACCAAGGAAAAAAUGAAAGCCAUGCUUAAUGGACAAUAUGGAGGUGGCGAGUCUAUAAAUGCUUUCUUUCCCAAAUCACUUAUUAACUGCCAGACUGAAUCAUAACAUAGUGAUUAAUUCUAAUAGUUCAUAAUUGCCGAUUACUGUCUACUUGUCUAGUGCUGUUUCCUCUCAAUAACAAAGUUUCAUUAAUGGGGGAACUAUGGAUAUAAAGUGGUCCAGACCUGAAAAUUAAUGUAAAAAAUCGUUAUGUGUCUAAGAAUCUUAGGUUCGAUUUUUACAAAAUCUUGCUGUUACACUACAUUUAGUGGCGAUUCCGAUCGACGAACUGUAUAAUGCUGCAAAAAUAACUCCAGAAAUGACGAUAAAUCAAUAAUAUAAGGGGAUACCGUGAUGAAUAGAGUCAACCAAGUUAUGAAUUAUUACCGUCGAUGUUAGUGCACUAGUAAUUGACUUAAUAGUGCAUGGCAAAUCAAAUGUUAAUGAUUUUCUUUCAAAAUGUCUCAACAUCACUUAGACUGCCACAAAGGUCCAGAGUUGUUAAACACCUCAGCAAAUAAAGUCCAUUCCAUUUUCAGCUCUAACUUUUGAUCUCCAAAUAACGAAUCAGACGUUUACACGGAAGAACCAGCCUGAAGAACUCUUCGAGGGCUGAAAAGGAAUAAAGGCAUAAGAGAAAUGACGAUAAAUCAAUAAUAUAAGGGGAUACCGUGAUGGAUAGAGUUAACCUAGUUAUAAAUUAUUACCGUCAAAGGAAUAAAGGCAUAAGAGGCUAUAUUCACAUUUUGUCCAUCGAAUAACAGAAUGAGGCCCUAUUUUUCCCUGUGUCCAAAAUAGGCAAGUUUUAUAAACGAAAGUAUGAUUUAUUUUUUAUGGGACUGGAAUCAUAGCACACAAAAAUCUUCUAGUGGGAAUUUCAACAUCCCGUCCUUUCAUUCUCCGAAGCUCCGCCUGAGGAAGAAAGUAGAUUCGCUAGAUACAGAGAGACCAUGAAGAAAUUACAUUUACUGAUCUUGUCUUCAGUCUCUUAGAACUCUUUAGUUUUAUGAAAAUCAUAAAAAAAAAAUCAAAGUCAAAUAAGUAUGCUUCCGGUAUAUUGACAUGAUAAGAGAAUCCAGCGAGAUAAGCUUUGUUUUGUAGGCUUUCUUCAUUUCUCUGUUAAUGUUUAUAGUCACAGGGGCCUACUUAUGACAAUCUACCAUUUUGAUUACAAGUUUCUGUAAGUUAAAGCAAAACCAAAGAUUAACCCUCUUUUGACUACGGAGGCAAAUGUUUAGCGCUCCUGAUAACUCUAUUUGUGCAGGUAUGUUUUGAGAAUAAUUCUUUCUAUAGCUAUCUGAUGUCGCAUAACGUACUCGUUUCUACAAUAUAAAAGUGCUUCAUAUUUUAAAUGAAGAUAUGAUCGUCGUAGUGGUAAUUACAAUUUAAGCAAUUGCAAAUUAAACAGAAAAAAAAAACUCUUUCGGGACUUCAACAACAGUCAAACCCAUGGCCUCUGCGUUAGCGCUUUACAUGCUCUAACCAAGUGAGCUAUGAAGACCCAUACAUUAGGAACAGGCCAAUUUGUUGAGUUCAUAAAAAAAGGCAUCAUGUUGAGAAAGCUACUUGUAAAGCUUUGUAGUUCGCUAAAAAUGAAAAUGUCAAGAAUUCAGUUCUCAAAAUGUCGAGGGCCCUAUGUUUUUAUACUGAGCAAAAAUCAUCGACCUACUCAGUCUAUAUCCUUUCCUGGCAAGAGUCAUAUAACUUGUAGAUUCAUUUUAAAGUAAACUUCCAAAGGCAGGCACUCGUUUAGGGUUGACGGCCACGGCUGAAAUCUUUGUUUGUGAAGUUUUUCCCGAAGAGUCCUCUCAAUACUAAAAUCAGUUUGCAUAAUUUACUGAGCAAUCUCAAGUUGAGUUACAUCCGAACUAGCCUGGUAAAGACAAUUAACCUUCGAUCAGGCGGGCCUUCUUCCCUAUAGCCAUAACUUCCCAGCAAUAUACACUAAGGUAUGCGGAUCAUUUCAUUUCGUUAGCAAUUUUCUUGAGAUUGUUUUACUGAUAACAAUCUCGCUUGAGAGGUAUGGAGGCCGAUCGAAAGAGUUCUUUGAUUCAGCGUUCACGGGAGCAGGGUAUGUUUUAUACGCCAGUGUACACGGACCCUUAGAAUACGUGAAAAUGUACCCUGUCAAUGGCUUAUGAUCCCUGGAUUGUCUUUUCCUCUAAAGAAAACAGUUGAAAAUAUAAAAGCAAUGAAUACAAAACAUAUAAUUACUGAGAUAACUCUCAGUAGCUUCAGUAGCUUUCAAUGAAACAUACCGUCUGGAUCUGUGGACACACUGCCAGUUGCAUUCGAGUUGACCAGAUCGGUGGAGUUAGGUUUGAUAAAUCAGGUUUGUGAAUAAUAUGUUAUAUCUGUGUAUAUAUAUAUUGAUGCUGGCUUUGAAAAGAUUAAUUUAAUUUGUAAAGGAAAACAACCAUUACUGCCGAAAAGGGCACGUUCUCACGUUAUCGCUGCCAACACUUGCGUCGCCCUAGGCCCUCGGACAGCGAGAUUGACAGACUUGCUGCUAAUAUUAUUCCAAUUUCGUGGAAACGUGGCCUGCGCCGUUUAAUGUCCAUUAAUCUAUACAAUACAUUGUUUCCAUAAUAGGGUAGAGAGCCAUUGCGUGUUUGAUGAAUAUUCAGUUAUUGGUGGUUUCGAUUGCACACAUCGCGUGCCCAGCAUGUAGUAUAAAUCUCAUACCUAACUCAUUUCUCCGCAUUCCCUCAUUUUUCAGACUGCAAUACUUUCAAAAAUACCGGGUCAGUUGUCACCAAAUGACUGAAGAAAUUGUGUUCUUCCGACUCAAAACAUUCUGACAAUGAAAAUCUACGCAUUUGCUAACAUCCUGGUUAUUUGGAUGGUAAAUAGACAUUGUACAAAAGGUACGUAACCACAGCAUGCUUUUCAAUGCGUUUUUAAUGUUUUCUUUCAGUUAAAGUUAAAAGUCUCCCGUACGUGUCUUUGUGCGAUACGCAAUUUAUGACAUAAUUACGCCAACGGGAUGAAAUCCAAGGUGAAACCUGCUUAAAAAUCAGUGGUGUUCAUAUCAAACAUAAUUUAGGAAUUAUAUAAUAAAAGAGGACCUUAAGUUAAAUCAGUUAAUUGUUCUCCUGGAAAUGCAAAAGUAUAUUUUUUAAAACUGAUACUUAACACUGCAUGAAAAUUCUACUGUGUCCUGACACGGGGCUAACCAACACUGAGCGAUGCAGAGGCAGAGAAAAGACAGUCCAGUAAACUUGACUAGUUAGAUGACUUUGAUCGUGACAGUUUAUGUUGUAAUGUCAUUAACAGGCUGAUAAGGCAUCGUUUUUAUCGUAUAAUAUAAAAAGAGCUUAAUAUACCAUUCUUUCCCGUUGCGCGUAAUCGGUUGUCGGAUGUUUACAUAAUAGCUUUACCUCCGAUCGAUCUUCAGCUGUUUGUUUUUAUAACCCUCCUUAACGAGUGGAGGUACUAACUAAAAAUAUCAAGAGCUCAUUCUAAGUUGUUGUUUCCUUUGACGUAAGUGAAAGGCUGAACUAAAAAGCCCAGCUUGAAUUAAUGCAGUUGGAUAUUUCAUGGUGCGGGUUUUUUGACCAAAUAAUUCUCUGUAUAAUACACAACUAAUUACACAAAAAGCCCUCUAGUUUUAAACUUUAAGCCAGGGGAGAAAAACAUUCAGUAGAUGAAGGAAAAAGCUCGUCAUGACCUCUUUAAAAUAACUAACAUCCUAAGCUGAUUGUUAAACAGACUGAUACAUGCUGAAAGAUGUUCUCAAAGUAAUUCUGGGCUAAAUGUUUGUAAUUUUUUAUUGAACAGAAAUUUAAGUAGUCAUUAAAAUUGUUUUUGUAACCAACUGUUAUUCAUGACCUCUCAGCGGGUGACGUGGUUCUUCGACAAUGCUUUUCCAUUCUUUAACACCUGCAUUCAACGCUAAAAAGCCUUCGCAGUGUGCGAAUUUCAAGCAGAAAAAAAUAGCGUGCACCCACAAGGGAACCAUUGAAUAACUUUAAAAAUGUUAACAAGAAAUUUUAGAAAGCCUAGUACAUCACCGAGGGGGUUUAAUGACUAACUGACAGUUGUUGAUGAAGAACGAUAGGUCUUUAAUCUUCUCAUGAGUUCUUUGUUGUGAAAAAUGCGCUUUUCUAAUUAUUUCUCAGUAGGAGAUCAUAAGACACUGAUAAGACGAUUUUAUCCCCGGGAGGAGGGUACUCCCUACAAUGACCUAUACGCCGGAGCCUGGGACUGGUAAUGUCGUCCCAGAAUCGCGUUUACCAUUUGCUCAAAUCAGUUCCUUUCACUGAAAAACGGCCACGAAUGCCCAAAAUUUAAACUGGUAUCAAAGAUGGGUUCUAACAAAUGGACCACGACUUUCAGUUUAGAAUAUUCCGUCCGGAAAAACAGGACUACCAUUUCAGAUGUUUCGUUGCUCUCAAAAAUUUUCCCCGCAACGACACGAAAAGCCGUGUUCCAUUCAGUUUUCAACCGGAUUUUUCGGAAUUUUUUGUAAAUGGUAAACAAGUGAACCUAAAUUUCUCUAAUAACUGAACAUUAAAAUUGUGAUUAUCUAACUAAAAUAUCAAGUGAAAAUCGCUCUUUUCAUCCUUGCAGCUGCACAUGAAUCAACAGAACAGACUCUAAUCAAUGACCUGAUGAGAGGAUACAACAAAGACGCGCAUCCGAUCCCAGUACAGAACAAAAGUAUAUACGCUGUGACAUUUGGGUUGGAACUGGUUCAGCUCGUUAACGUGGUAAGUCACUUCAAAUCAGUUUCAGUAGGAAAACCCACAUAUCUCAGCUACUGAUAAAAAAUCCCGUUAUACUGCUGUAAACUGAUUCAAAUUCCGAGUGAAAGGAAAAUUAGUGGUACGACUAGUCUCGUACGCAGAUCUCCCAGAGUAAGACAGAGUGAGACAUGGGUACGACAUUAAUGAAUGGCCAAUUCUGUCUCGUUUAUCUUUCAAUCCUGCCAUCUUGACUCUUAAGGCUUCACGUUCUAUACGCGAUUUCCUGCAGCAAAUUUUCAUAACACAAAGUGACCGACAAGACCUCUAACUCUCAAGAAAACUUUUUUAAAAAAAUCUCCCUAAUUUCUGUGAUAACAAGUAAAUUUUUAACUUAAUUUCAUUUUAGGACGACAAAAAUCAGAUCAUAACUACUAAUGUGUGGGUAAGACAGGUACGUACGUAAUGUAUAACAAAUCAUAAAGUGUGUUAUCUUAUCAGCGUUAGUUUCAUCCUGUUAUUAAUUCUGUAUCGAACGUAUACAUUCCUUGUAUAUACCAACUACCUGUUACAAGAGAGAAUAAUCUCUCUUGCCAGGUGGUAAUGUUGGCAUAUGGACUUGUGCCCAGCACGGUACUUGUCUAGCGGCUAGUUUCUCAUUCGAAAUGGUUGGAAUGCUGGCCAACCGAUCGGUGAACUGACGUACUGAUUUGCUGACCAACUGACCUACAUACUGACUCACUGACCUAUACUCCACUGAUCAACUAACUGCGGGGUCACUUGUUGACCGACUGACCGACGGACGUUUUGACAGAGUGACUGACUAACUUACUGACUCGAUCACUGAUUGACUGACUGACCGACUAAAAACUGACUCACAGGGUGACCGACAGACGUACUGACACUUUCGCCCUCACUGUUUUGAGAAUCAUACUUGGUCUUACUUAUUUGUCAGAAAUGGAGGAAUCUUCUUCUAACCUGGCAGCCGGAGAAGUACGGAGGCAUCAAACGAGUCCGCAUUGAGCCAACUCUGAUUUGGAUACCUGAUAUCGUUCUCUACAACAAGUCAGUAAAUCCCUUGUUUACUCAGUCGUUACUGUAACAGCUCAGAGGCGGAUCCAUAAAAUUCAGAAUGGGGUGACCGAGACACUUGCCAGCUAUAGAAACUAUUUAUUUCACUGAGAAUUCUUUACAAAUAAUGCGAAAUAGGCCCCUUGCAGCUAGCCAUUCACGUGCUACAAAACCGCCACGCUGGAGAGCAAAAGUCGCACUGGGACAAGACAAACAAAAGACAUACAUAAUUUGAAAUGGUAAUUUUCUUUGUUUGUCUUGUCCCAGUGCGACUUUUGCUCUCCAGCACGGCAGUUUUGAACCACGUGAAUGGCUAGCUACAAGGGGCCUGUUUCAGAGAAAAAGGGGUGGGCGCGGUCCCCUUGGCCAGCCCCUAAAAUCCGCCCAUGUAGCUAGCAUUUGACGGGGAAUACGAGAGAUACUAAAAUGUAUCUACUUGGGAAAAAUUCCGCUGUACAAUUCAAAUUGUAAGCUAGUUCCAUUAUCUAUCUUGAAUAUUUUUGGACUACAAUUUUCUUUCAUAAAGCAUAGUUAUUUAAUAACGUCACUCUUAAUUAGCACCUUGCCCUUACUUGGUUUGAUACGUUACCUUGCAGUGCGGACAAUGAGUUCGGCGGUGGACUUGAAAAAUACAAGACCCGUGUCAUUAUUGAUCACGAGGGCUGGUGUGCAUGGUACACGCCAACCUCGUUUCGGAGCACGUGUCCAAUUGACGUCACGCACUUUCCCUUUGACCAGCAAACGUGCAUGAUGAAGUUUGGCUCCUGGACGUUUGAGGUUGUCGAUCUCGACAUUAACGCGGACGACUCUCCCCUUCAUUCCACCCAGUAUGUUAAAAGCGCCGAGUGGGAUCUUCUGGGGGCCUCUAAGAAACGGAACGUCGAAAAAUACGCUUGUUGCGAUCACCCGUUUUCAGAUGUCACCAUAACUUUCGUGUUCAAACGGAAACCCUUGUUUUACAUCUUCAACUUAAUUGUGCCUUGUACGAUAAUUAUGUCCAUGGUGCUGUUGGGGUUUUUUCUGCCUCCGGAAUCCGGAGAGCGAAUUACACUCAGUAUAACAGUGCUUCUGGCAAUGGCGGUGUUUCUUCAACUUGCCGCAGAGAAUCUACCGCGUAACUCGGACAACGUACCUGUAUUGGGGAUCUUCUACAUCACAGUUAUGAUUGAAGUGGCUUCCUCCUUGGUGGCCACGUGUUACAUCUUGCAUGUCCACCAUAGGAAUUCUGGGACGGCUGUAGUUCCAGUUCCCGGAUGGGUCAAUGCUUACAUACUCCGCAAGCUGGGGAGAUACUUGGGAGUCAAGAAACCUGUAACAGAAGACAAAUACGAUUUGUCAGCAGAGAACGAUUUUAAGAGAAUUUCUUUGAUGAAAAGAGACCUAGAAAAGAGACUCGGGAAUAGCACUAGCAAAAACAAGUUGAAAAACAAACUAUUACCGGAUGUGUCAUCCGGCGAAUCAACCUUAAGGCCGACUCUAAGUUCUCCCGAAGAAUUUAACAUGAGUUCUUCUGUAUACUCAGUUUCAAGCACGCUCCCGACUAUCGACCUCCCCCAGGGGAAAGAUGAUAGUGGCAGCGGGGACAGCAACAGCGCUAAGACCGCGCAAGGAGUGAUGGUAUUGGUUGACAGUCUAAAGCAUCGUAGACAGAUUGAAAAGAACCAAGAGGAGUGGAGACAUCUUGCCAUGGUCCUUGACAGAUUGUUUUUCUGGAUCUUUGUGGCGAUAAUUGUGAUUUCUACUCUCGUUGUACUCGGUAGAAUCUACCACUAG